AGUUUUGCAUGAUACGCAGCCCCACCCAAGAUGGAUCUUGGAAGCAGCCUGGAGCAACAACAAGGGUUUGAACCAGGCUCCCACUCAGUAAAGCCAACGAUGCAGGCAGAGGCACAUGAACUGCCUGGGUUGCCAGAGAAAAAGAAUAAAAUAAAUGUUUUGGGAGCCAUAGUGAACCUGAUAUUCAUGAUUGCAGAUUUCAUCGUCAUGGUUGGUGGGUUAUGCACUCUGACUGUUUUCGUGCUAACAGAAAAUUCAGUCAAGAAUGGUGACUCAAGUCGUUGCAUUUUGUUUGCUUCAUAUGAUACCAGGACAACAGAUUCUCAGCCUUUUCAGUUUGGUGAAUCAGGGGUUUGCAACUUUGUCAUUUACAGCAUGGCUGCAGUUAGCAUAUUUGCAGCUGUGUAUAUCUGUGGAUUCUGCAGUCGCCUUGCAUGCAGUUUGUCUUUUGGUUUUUCAACCUUUAAUUGUCUGGCAUUAAUUGAUUUAAUUGCUUACACGUUCUUUACACUUAUCUCUAUCACUGUGGCUGUAAUGAUAAGGUUGGGUCAUGAUGACACGUGCAAUGCAGUCAAGAAUUCUUAUCCUGAUCCAAUUAGUAACUCUGUGACAAAUUGUACAGGACCAUCUAUUAUUAAUAGCAAGGGUGAGGAGGUUACAUUUUCUACUAAUCUUUAUGUUGCAGAGAUGAUGGCCUGGACACUAGCAAUCAUCUUAUUACUCAUUUCCCUAGCACACCUAGUACUACUUGCAGGCUUUAUCUUGAAAUGCUGCAGAUCUAAAAAGAGAGGAGUAAUGUAUGAUGAUGAUGAGGAACCGAGUCCUUUCCAACCUCCCACUAGCCCAGUAGAUGAUGAUGAGCCAUUGCUUGAUCCAUCAAGUGAUGCAUGGAACAGCAACAUAGAAGAUGACCAUACUUCCUUUCCUCCUUAUAACUUGGGAACAGAUCAGUCUAAUGUUACCGGUACUAGCUAUCAACCUUUUCCAGAAGAUAACUAUACAUAGCCAGUUUAUAAGCACGCAUUUUUGUACAUUGUACACUUAAAACUUGCUGUUUUUAUGCUGAUUUUUAUUUCUAGAAUAUUGUAAAUUUAUGAAAACUAUGCAUUGUUUUAAACA